CCCGGCGACUGUUCGCCCGCUUUGCGCGUCCGUUCUGCCCCUCAUCCUCCCGCCGUGGCUGUCGGCGUCGCGGUCCCGCUUCGGUUGUGUUUACAAACCCAGCUAGCAAAGAAGCCGGACGGAGGCAGUUAAACAGCGGCCACGCAGCGCCGCGGCACCGCUGUCGGCUUCACAGUUUGGGCUAAAUGGUGCGAGCUAAAAAAAAAGAAGCUCGGUCCCGGUUCCCGGAGCCUGACGUUUAAAAGGAAGCUUUGUGACACCGGGAGGGACGGAGGCGGCGGCGGAGGUAACACCGCUGCAGGUGUUUCCCCGCUGACCCGCAGCCGCAACAAAACACGGCGAUGAGAAGCAUCUACGUGUCCGGGAGAUCUCCGGCACCGGGGAAGCAGGAGGAACAAUGUGAAACUGAAAGCUGCGCGUUGCCGCUGGGCCAAGUCAAAUGAGGCUGAAAUUGAUCCUUAACGUGAGAACUAAGGCUGUUUUAAAACAAAAAGCGUCCACGUGUGUAAUGAUUAAAGCCGCCUUCACUUCCAUUAGGCUGCUCUUAUAUCUAGCAAAGUCCCGAAGGCCUCAUCAGCCACCUCCCGCAUGGCAGUGGAGCACUCAAACCAACAUUAAACCCAGCACUCUCUGCUCCGGAGCGUUGCCCUUUUAGAUGCCGCUCAGUCCUCAUCCUUGCAAAUGGCUUGCUGUCUGAAGGACGAGCUCAUCUGUUCCAUCUGCCUCAGCAUCUACCAGGACCCCGUCAGCUUCGGCUGCGAGCACUACUUUUGCAGGAAGUGCAUUGCUGAGCACUGGAGCCGACAGGAGCCCCACGGAACGCGGGACUGCCCCGAGUGCCGCAGGACCUUCGCCGACCCUCUCGUCUCGCCGAGUCUCAAGUUGUCCAACAUUGUGGAGCGCUACUCGGCCUUCCCGCUCGACGCCAUCCUCAACGCCCAGAGGAACUCUUAUCCGUGCAAGGACCACGAAAAGGUCAAGCUCUUCUGCCUCACCGACAAGAGUCUAGUGUGCUUCUUCUGCGACGAGCCGGCGUUGCACGAACAACACCAAGUGACCACUAUCGACGAGGCGUACGAGGAAAUACAGAGAGAGAUGAAGGAGCAGCUGGCCACCCUGCAGGACAGUGAGAAGGGACACACUGAGGCCCUGCAGCUCCUGCAGAGACAGCUCACUGAGACAAAGUCCUCGGCCAAGAGCCUGCGCGCGACGAUCGGCGAUGCGUUCGAGCGGCUGCACCGCUUCCUGCGUGAGCGUCAGAAGAGCAUGCUGGAAGAGCUGGAGAUGGACACCGCCCGCAAGCUCACGGACAUCGAGCACAAGAUCCAGUGCUACAGUCAGCAGCUGCGCGACGUCAAGGAGGGCAUCCAGAUCCUGCAGGAGCGCCUCAAUGAGACAGGGAGACACGACUUCCUGGAGGGAGUUGCUGUGACAUCUGAGAGGAUAAAAGGAAAGAUACAUGAGACCAAUCUGACAUAUGAAGAUUUCCCAACAUCCAAGUACAUGGGACCCUUACAGUACACGAUAUGGAAGUCACUCUUCCAGGAUAUAUCACCAGUGCCAGCAGCAUUGACCCUCGACCCCAUCACGGCCCACCAAAGACUGAUCCUCUCUGACGACUGUACCAUUGUGGCCUACGGUAAUCUACACCCGCAGCCGCUGCAGGACUCCCCGCGCCGCUUCGACGUGGAGGUGUCCGUUCUGGGCGCGGAGGGCUUCGCCUCGGGCGUCCACUACUGGGAGGUGAUGGUGUCGGAGAAGACCCAGUGGAUGAUCGGCGUGGCCAGCGAGACGGUCAGUCGCAAGGGCAGCAUCCAGAUCCAGCCCAGCCGCGGCUUCUACUGCAUCGUGAUGCACGACGGCAACCAGUACAGUGCCUGCACCGAGCCCUGGACCCGUCUCAAUGUCAAGAACAAGCUGGAGAAGGUGGGGGUGUACCUGGACUACCCCAAAGGCCUCCUCAUCUUCUACAACGCAGACGACAUGUCCUGGCUCUAUACCUACAGAGAGAAAUUUCCUGCCAAGGUCUUCCCCUAUUUCAGCCCAGGUCAGAGCCACGCCAACGGCAAGAACGUGCAGCCGCUGCGGAUCAACACUGUACGCCUUUAAAGCUACACUCAGUCCAUGCUCAGCCCUGUCAGAUGAAUUUAUCCUGUCACAGGAGUUCUGUGUAGGUUUCAAAAGAUGAGACAAAAACCUGUUUCAAAUGUUCACUGGGGUGUUUGAAGCGUUUCCUCCUUUCAGUUUGGUGUAAAGAAUCGUGCUUGAUGUUGCUCUUAAAUCCUGCACUGUUUUGUGUGACUUGAAACCACCGUACGGUACCUGCCCGCCCUCGAGCCUCAUUCCGCAGCGUUAUCUGAAAAGAGGACGCUGAAUGGAGUCGGAUGGGCCCCCAGGGCUCCACUGGGGAAAAAAAUAAAAUGGAAAAGAUUCCCUCUAUUAAAGUGACUUUCCCAGAAUCACCAUGCUCCGUCCUCGCUGAGCUCCAGGCCGGUCUGACUGGAGCUCGGCCUCUCGCUGCCCAGGCGCUGCAGACUGGUGGCUUCUCCUCUCUGUGCUGUACAGUCGGCUUAGCUUUGUUUGUGGAAUGUGAUCGGCAGCACCCACCUCCCUUUUUUUAUUAUUUUUUUUAAUUUGUUGUUUUAGCUGCAUCUUCAUUAAUUCCUUUGGACCUGUUCAAAUCUCUUGCCUCUUUCUGCCUACUUACACGUGUUCAGUCUCAACACAAAGGUCCUAUGUGCACCAGCAUUUUCAUUUGACAGCAAAUGAAAUGAAUGACAGUAGGUGUGAUAGGAAGAUCUGUUUGACGGUGGAGGUUGUCAAUAAUGUACAUGCUGCUAUGGAUGGAGAAAGGACUCGGAUGUUUGUAUAUAGAGUAUUAGUAAUGUCAUGACGCUGGCUUCUGUUUAUGGCAUCUCUCAUCAUAAGCUGUGUCUCUUUAGCCCCUUUUAGUAAAUUGAAUUAGAUCCCAAACACUAAUACAAGCUGUGAUUUCAGCAAACGGCCACGUGAGGCACUCACCUCUGUUUGUAGAAGCUCAUCAGUAGUUUUAAUUAACGCUGUGUAAGGAAGAUGGAUGGAUGGACCCUGUGUGACUUGCAGUCCCAUGGCUGCUGUUGUUGUGUAAUGAUGAAAUCACUAAUAAUUCCUUUAAGACUCUGUCAUGUGUAUGUUUUCGUCCCACGUGCCUCAAGUGCUCUUGUUUAUCAUUACUUGUACUCAAGUCCUGCAGAGUCUACUCUAAGAGGCUCUUGUCACUCAGCCAAGUCCAGCAAACGGGGGGCGGGUGAGCGCGUGUGUGAGGCUGAGGCACGUGAAUGAGUGUGUUUGAGUGUUACUUUAUCCCACUUUGGUUGUGCUUGAUAAAACCCAUCGGACACUCCAGGCCACUGAGCAGAACCUGUACUGAACCCCGCCUCUGUGCGUAUUUGUGUUUUCUCUGUCUUGUCUACUUGAUGAAAAGAAAACCGGGACCGUGCCCUUGUUCUAGUAGAGGGGUGUGCAUCAUACUGCGAUCGCUAGGAACAAAGUGUGAGCAUCUACGAAUGACUCUCAGUGCGUUGUUUUAACUUGCACAGAUGUGCAGGAGCCUGCGAGUGAUCGGACACAGCGCUGCUGAGUAAAACCUGAAGCAUCUCGUUUUGCGCAACACAGUUUCCUGGCUUUGACUCUGGACAUUUACGCAGAUGUUGUGUUUAACCCAAAAGGUGUAUUUAUUAUUGCGGAGGAGACCUUGUGUGUAACAGUUCAGACAAUCAGGACCGUGUCCAGAUGUUGUGUCUCUCCUGCAAACUGUGCCGGUGCUUCGUGCAGGUUAAAACACUGCGUUUGAACCCGUGUGCGUCGUGUUGCAGACCUUCGUGUGGUCUCGUUCGUUAGAUGUGUGAAUAUUGAGACGGAGAUUAUGAUGAGAUGUUGCCGGGGUCAUUGGUGGUGAUGCUGUUAGUUAAACUGAUUAGGAUGAAUAUAACUACGACACUUUUAAUGAAUAUAUUGAUGAUUGUGUCUUGAUGGUCACUGUGCACCCAUCAUUGUGCAAACACACUCUAGUGGAAUUGUGCUGCUAGAGGUUGGUGAGAAAUGUUUUAAUGUCCAAUAAAAACUGGUAAAAUCCCA